AUGCCCACAACCCAACCUUCAAUCAUUUAUGGUCCCUCGGCUCCUCUUCCCGCCUCAAUAAGCUUUGGGAGCUUGCUUUCUCACCAUUCAAAGAAUACACCCGAUAGCUACGCAGUGAUAUCGCACCACCAAAAUGUAUUCCUAACAUAUAGCCAAUUAGAUCAACGAAGUACCUCUCUCGCUGCUGCAUUUUCAGCAUACGGUGUAGGCAGAGGUGAUACAGUGGCGAUUAUGCUCGGAAGUCGCACCGAAUAUCUCGAAGCGUUUUUUGCCUGUGCUAAACUUGGCGCAUCCCUCGUACUGUUAAACUUUGCAUUUGUCUUCGAGGAAAUUGUCGCUACCCUGACACCAAUCGCCCCGAAAAUCUUGAUCACAACACCUGCUUUCGGAAAAUACAACUACCAGAAUAUUCUUUCCAAUUUAAUAGACCGACUUCCAUCAUUAAAAGCAUUGGUUCUCAUAGACCCGUGGAAAAUCAAGUCCCAAGCUCUAAGCAGAAAGAUGGUUUCCUUCGAGGAUUUGAUCGUUCAAAAUUCCAAAGCUGACAUCAAGGUCGAAGUUUCGCCCAAUGACAUCGUUAAUGUCCAGUUUACAUCAGGCAGCACUGGGGCUCCCAAAGCUGCUGCACUGAGCCAUUACAACAUCAUGAAUUGUGGACAAUACAUAACCGCACAAAUGGGUAUCACGCGGAACGACCGAGUCUGUCUACCCGUGCCUCUAUUUCACAGCUUUGGGCUCAUUAUCGGAAUAUGCACGAGUAUCUGGAGUGGGUCAACAAAUGUCCUCCCCUCAGAAACAUUCAAUGCAGGUGCAGUAUUAGAAUGCAUCGAGAAAUACCACUGCACAGGAAUCUACGGCGUGACAACAAUGUUUAUCGAAGAAAUGAAGCAUCCAAACUUCACACAAACGGAUCGUUCAUCCUUGAAAUUUGGCAUCAUGGCAGGAUCAGCCAUGCCCCCCGAUCUCUUGGAAAAAGUCACAACCUCAUUUCCUGUACCACGCCUCUACACAAACUGGGGAAUGACCGAGCUUUCAUCCAUAACAACAAUGACCCACCACACAGACCCGCUACUCAAACGCCUCCGCACAGCAGGCCGUCUCUUCCCAAACUUCAUCGGCAAAAUCUGCGUUCCGAACACAGGCAAAGUUCUACCAUGGGGUUCAAAAGGCGAAAUAGUGAUUUCCGGAUACGGCGUCAUGGGCGGAGGAUAUCUCCACAAUCCAUCAAAGACAGCAGAAGCAAUGAGAAAGCAUAAAGAAGAUAUAGAGUCCCCUGGAGUCGGUGCAGUGGACAACAAAGGCAAUCUUCGUACCUGGAUGCAUACAGGAGAUGAAGGAUAUCUCGACGAAGAUGGAUAUUUUGUGAUAACAGGUCGAAUCAAGGAUAUUGUUAUUCGAGGUGGAGAAAAUAUCUCACCGGUUGAGAUUGAAGAGUCUCUUUCUUCUCAUGAAGCUAUUGUUCAGGCCUCUGUUAUUGGUGUUCCUGAUGAGCGUCUUGGGGAGGAGCUGGCUGCUUUUAUUGAGUUGGCGAAUGAUGAAAUUAAACCUACGGAUGACCAACUUCGGCAAUGGGUUCAAAAGAGCUUGAGUCGUUUCAAAGCCCCGAGGUAUUUUUGGUGGAUUGGUGGCUCGCAAGGUGGAGUUCCUCGGGAAUGGCCAAAGACUGCGUCUGGGAAACUUCGAAAGCCCGAUUUACGGGAGGUUGGGAAGUGCUUAAUAUCACAAUCACCCAAACGGGAGCCGAAGCAAGCCCGUCUCUAG